AUGUUUUGGCAACACAGCGCUCGCUGCGGACUUUAUAUCAGCAACGCAAAUGUUGCGAAGAUCAUUAGCCGGAUUCCUGCUGAUUCGGAGACGAAAUGGUACAAGAAUCCGAUAAAUGGAGUAAACAAGAGUAAGAACAACAACCUUAGAAUGCCACCAACAUCAAAUGCAACAAGAGCAAAAUAUGGGAACGCAUCACGCCCGAUAAGCAAAGUGCCAUCGAGAUCGGCCACUAUACUCGUAUGGUUUCCUCGCCCACUGGAAUUGCAUUUGUUGAUGGGAGGAAAAAGAAGAAGAAAGGAGGAAGGAAAAAGGGAAAGGAAGGAAAAGAUUUAUGGGAUAUAUGAUAUAGUGGAGCUCAAGUUUGUUAAUCCUCUAGUUUCCAUUUAUAUCAAGGUGGUGACGAGGAGAUUGGAAACGUCUAUCAACCAGUCUAGCUUGUAG